AUGCCCACCGUCCUCGUCACCGGGGCCAACGGCUACAUCGGCAACGCUGUAGCUCGCGCCUUCGUCCGAGCCGGCUGGAUCACAUACGGACUCAUCCGAUCCCAAACCACAGCAACAUCCCUAGCCGUGGAAGAAAUAAUCCCUAUAAUCGGGAGCAUCGACGACAUCGCUUCACACGAAACCAUCCGCAACAAACUUCCCCCAACAUUAGACGCCAUAAUCUCCACCACAGAAAAUAUCAACGAGUACAUCCCGCACUACAAUAACACAGUUCAUCUCCUGAGGACCUUGGCCACAGCUAGUACUGCGAAUGGUGUCCGUCCAGUUGUCAUAUUUUCAUCCGGGUGCAAGGACUACGGCAUUGGACCACAUUAUGAUGGGGAUGCUGCGCUAGCGCCUCAUACUGAAGAAAGUUCUCUUAAUCCCCCGGAUAUUCUGGCUGAUAGGACAUAUCAGUCGUUGAAGUUCCUCGAACACAGGGAUGUCUUUUCUCCUGUCGUGGUUAGACCGACGAACGUCUACGGUAGAUCUGCAAGUUACUACAGGGGCUUCUUCGAAGCUGCAGCCCAGAGUGUCGAUACGAGAAAACCAUUGUUGAUACCGGUCCCUCCUAACUCAAUUUGCCACGCACUUCACGUUGACGAUUGUGGAGACGCCUACGUUGCUAUUGCGGGACAUCCGCGCCGAGAGGAGAUAGAGGGGGAGAUCUUCAACAUCUCCUCGCGGAGAUACGAGACCAUCGAUGAGAUUGCCAAGACCCUGGUUACUGAGUAUGGUAUCACUGCUGGAGUGAAGUAUGUGGAGCCUGAGUCAUUGGCACCGGCUGAGAAUCCGUGGCCCCCGGCUUUGAUCGAUUUCCCGCAGUGGACGGGGUCGGCGAAGGUGAGGGCUAUCACUGGUUGGUGUGAUGUUCGGCCGCUGUUUACGGAGGCGAUUCAUACUUAUCGAUUGGCUUAUGAGGCGGCUGUAGUGGCUGGUCAUGAGAAUAUUGAGAAGAUGAAGGAACGGGUGGAGUUGUUUAAGGCUACCGUUGGACAAUGA